CUAACAUUUGAGAAUCCUUUUCCUUUAUUUUUCCUUUCCUUUCCUUUUAUUUUUCGUAGAAAGGUUCCCAUAACCUUAAAUCAUUUCCCUUUCAUUCCUCUACCCAACAUCCUCACUCCUGCAAGUUUUUUUAAAUCAAAAAAUAUCACUUGAAAAUUGAAAUAAAACAAGCGAGAAGAGGGAGGAAGAAGGAGAGAGACAUGGAGGUGUCAAAGGAUUACACACAAGAUGGAACCGUCGACAUCCAUGGCCGACCCGUCAUGGCUUCGAAAACCGGCCGAUGGAGGGCUUGCUCUUUCCUCCUCGGUUACGAAGCAUUCGAGAGGAUGGCGUUUUACGGAAUAGCGUCGAAUUUGGUGAACUAUUUGACGACAAGACUGCACGAAGACACGAUCUCGUCGGUUAGGAAUGUGAAUAAUUGGUCGGGAGCCGUUUGGAUAACGCCGAUUCUCGGAGCUUACAUCGCCGAUUCCUACUUGGGUCGUUUCUGGACCUUCACCAUCUCCUCCCUCAUCUACGUCAUGGGGAUGAUCUUGUUGACCAUGGCGGUUUCACUGAAGUCGCUAAGACCCACGUGCGAAAAUGGUGUAUGCAACAAGGCUUCAUCCUUGCAGAUCACGUUCUUCUACUUGUCUCUCUACAUCAUAGCCAUUGGAGCAGGUGGAACAAAGCCGAACAUAUCAACGUUCGGGGCCGACCAAUUCGACGAUUUCAAUCCUCGAGAGAAGAAGCUUAAGGUCUCGUUCUUUAACUGGUGGAUGUUCAGCGCAUUUCUUGGAGCACUGUUCGCUACUUUGGGACUUGUCUACAUUCAAGAAAACUUGGGUUGGGGCUUAGGGUACGGCAUCCCGACCGUUGGACUAUUAUUGUCCCUAUUCGUGUUCUAUCUCGGAACACCAUUUUACCGACACAAGGUCCUAAAGACCGGGAACUUGGCUAAGGAUUUGGUCCGAGUCCCUAUUUCAGCUUUCAGGAACCGGAAGCUUUCAUGCCCCGAUGACCCUUUGGAGCUCCAUGAAGUAGACGUGCAAUAUUACAUUAGUGGCAAACAGCAAGUCCAUCACACUCCAAUCUUCAGGUUCUUGGACAAGGCAGCCAUCAAAACAGAUUCAAGAGACCUACCUUGUACGGUGACACAAGUGGAAGUGGCCAAGCGUAUCUUAGGGCUAAUCUUGAUAUGGCUUGUGACAUUGAUCCCAAGCACGUUAUGGGCACAAAUCAACACUCUCUUCGUCAAACAAGGGACCACUCUCGACCGGAAGAUCGGGUCAGGGUUUCAGAUCCCCGCGGCCUCGCUCGGAAGUUUUGUUACGCUCUCCAUGCUCCUUUCCGUACCGAUGUACGACCAGUACUUCGUUCCCUUGAUGCGCAAGAAAACCGGAAACCCUAGAGGGAUCACUCUCCUCCAGCGCCUAGGGAUCGGAUUCGUCAUCCAGAUCAUCGCCAUUGCCGUUGCUUCGGCUGUGGAGGUCAAGAGAAUGCGUAUGAUAAGAGAGUUCCACAUCACGAGCCCUAAGGAGAUAAUCCCUAUGAGCAUCUUCUGGCUGCUCCCUCAGUACUCUCUUCUCGGCGUUGCGGAUGUCUUCAACGCGAUAGGGUUACUUGAAUUCUUCUACGAUCAAUCUCCGGAAGAUAUGCAAAGCCUCGGGACGACGUUUUUCACGAGCGGUAUCGGGUUAGGGAACUUCUUGAACAGUUUCUUGGUGACAGUGGUCGACAAGAUCACAGGGAGAGGGAACGGAAAGAGUUGGAUCGGUGACAACUUGAAUGACUCGAGGCUGGAUUAUUACUACGGGUUUCUAAUGGUGAUUUCGACGGUGAAUUUGGGGCUGUUCUUGUGGGCUGCUUGUAAGUAUGUCUAUAAGAAUGAUGAUCAUACUAAGGAGUUCAUGAACGGGGGAAGUGUUCAGAUGGAGGGCAAAGCCUUGGAGACUUCUUCCCUUAGUAUCUAAUUUGGGUUUUGAAAAAAAUAUAUGAAAUUAAGGGAAUGGUCUUAGGUUGUUUCUCCUGUAAGAAAUGAUGUCGUGAUGUCUCCUGAUAAAUAAAAGUUUGUCUUUUUUUUUCUUUAUUUUUA